AUGCUCCCUCGCUCUUCCCUUCGCUCCCUUUCUGCCCAGGCUUCUAGGAACCGGCUUCUGCAACGCCCUUCUGUUCGCCAAUCGCCAAUUCCUUCGUCGCUCUCCGUGACCGGACGCAAGAGCAUUACAACCAUUGCGCACCGAAACGCUGCCAUUAGCCCCUCCAACCGAGUCGCUCUGGCUACUCCGGCAUCUCGUCUCGCCUCUCUAUCUCGACACUUUUCGUCCACCUCGUCUGUGACCGACGCGGGCAACAUGGCUCCCAUUGAGACGCAUCAGUAUGACUACAUUGUUUUGGGCGGUGGUAGCGGAGGCAGUGGUAGUGGACGGAGAGCUGCCGGCUGGUACGGAGCGAAGACAUUGAUUGUCGAGAGCGGUCGCUCCGGUGGUACCUGUGUCAACGUCGGGUGUGUUCCCAAGAAAAUGACCUGGAACUUCGCAUCCAUCAACGAGACCCUCCACGUCGGACAGCACUACGGAUACGACAUCCCCAAGGACGUGAACAUCAACUACAAGCACUUCAAGGACAUCCGGGACUCCACCAUCACGCGCCUGAACGGCGCCUACGAGCGCAACUGGGGCCGCGAGGGCAUCGAUCUGGUGCACGGCCGCGCCGGAUUCGUGGAACCUAAGGUCAUCGAGGUGACUCUGGAGGAUGGCACCAAGGCCCGGUACACCGCGCCUCACAUUCUGAUCGCCACCGGUGGACGCCCUACCAUUCCCGACAUCAAGGGCGCUGAGCACGGCAUCACCAGCGACGGAUUCUUUGAGAUCGAGGAGCUGCCGCCGAAGAUCGCUGUGGUGGGAGCCGGAUACAUCGCCGUCGAGCUGGCGGGCGUGAUGGGCGCCGUGGGCGUUGAGACGCACAUGUUCAUCCGCGGCCAGGAGUUCCUGCGCAAGUUCGACCCCAUGAUCCAGAAGACCAUGACCGAGCGGUACGAGGCUACCGGCAUUCAGCUCCACAAGAACCACGGCGGCUUCAAGGAGAUCCAGCUCAUCCGGGAUGGCAAGGGCAAGGACAAGCUGCUCCGACUGAUCAACCAGGACGGAUCCUCGAUCGAGGUUAACGAGCUGCUGUGGGCCAUUGGCCGUCUGCCCGAGGUUGAGGACUUGAACCUGGACGUUCCCGGGGUGAAGCUGAACGAGCGCGGAUACGUCACCGUUGACGAUUACCAGAACACCUCCGUGGACGGUAUCUACGCUCUGGGUGACGUCACCGGCCACGCCGAACUGACUCCUGUGGCCAUCGCCGCCGGCCGCCAGCUCGGCAACCGCCUCUUCGGUCCUCCCGAACUCAAGGACUCUAAACUCUCCUACGAGAACAUCCCCACGGUCGUCUUCGCCCACCCGGAGGUCGGCACCGUCGGUCUCACCGAGCCCGAGGCCCGCGAGCGCUACGGCGACGACCAGAUCAAGAUCUACAAGACGCGGUUCACGGCCAUGUACUACGACGUGAUGCCGGCCGAGGAGAAGAAGAAGAACCCGACCGAGUUCAAGCUGAUCUGCGCCGGUCCGGAGGAGAAGGUCGUCGGUCUGCAUAUCCUGGGUCUGGGCGUGGGCGAGAUGUUGCAGGGUUUCGGUGUUGCUGUGAAGAUGGGCGCUACGAAGAAGGAUUUCGAUAGCUGCGUGGCUAUUCACCCGACUAGUGCGGAGGAGUUGGUUACGUUGCGGUGA